UCCUACGGUCGGGAGAGGAAUCGUCUCAUUCUCGGUCCUACUGCAAUAUACCCUUAGUUCACUCUCCUUGUGCCAGAGGAGACAUCUGACGUACUGAGAACUGGUGAGCUACGUAUUGAAAAUCCGCAAGGAGUGUUUUACUUGAGCUGUGCGGGUCUGCUCAACGGAGGAUUGACGGCGGCCUCGAAAAAAAAAUUGAAACGCAGGCGAGUCAAUCCUGUAGCAGUCAGUCGUGUAGCACUUGAAAGAGACUUCCCUCUGAUUCUCAAAUGGACUUCGAGAGAAACAGAACGACGGCAACCACACUACCGACAACAACAACAAUAAUAAAAAUAACACUUUGGAAAUUGUGAGAACUCGACCUUCAGUUAUUGAUACAGGCAAACGCCCUAAGUUUGUGUGCAACACUCAUUGAGGUGUUCUAUGAUGUGCGAAAUCGACACCAACAUAGUGACAUAGUGACAUGUACCUCAGGUACUUACUAACCUAGACAGAAGUGAUCGUGCUCACAGAGACACGAGGACUUGUUCGAAUUGUUCCGAAGCUUGCUUGGAGGCAUCAUUUGCAUCAUGCCGAGACGAAAAGGAAGUGCGAAUAAUCAACGAGGAGGCAACCAAGGAGGCCAAGCCAAGGGAGGAAAUAACAAUGCAGCAAGCUCACAAUUGACUCCAGCAUCGCCGAGUAAUCGAAGGUCCCAAUCGGGGAAAAAGACAGUUGGAGGACGGCCAAUGGCUUCCUCGCCAUCCAGACCCACUGUUCCCGAGACAAACCAGUCAAAGGGAAUUGGAACCAAAAGACGCUAUCGGUCACGGACACCAACUCCUUCGACGCCUCCGCCUCCGCCUCCUCAGCUUCCUCCACCACCAAUACCACCGCCGAAAUCAGUUCCGUCAAGCAUCCCGGAGAUAAAGACCCCCAUGAUGGAACCGGUGGAGCAACGAUGGGAAGAGAAUGAGGGCAAAUACUUGCACAAGAAGUUCAAGAAAAUGGCCACCAUGACCACGGAGAAGGAAUCUUCGCCCGAAGCAGAAGCCGUUCCCGUCUCUCAAGAACGUCCAAAUCUCGCAUCUCUGCCUGUUCCCAACUUCCCUUUGAAACAUAGUGCACUAAGUCUCUUGUCAUCUUCUUCAGCGAUUGGUUCAAGCCCCCUUCCUUUGAGUUCCAAUAAUCUAGUUGUGACACAAGUUCUUGGAUCGGGCGCUUCAGUGACAACCAUCCCUACCGGACCAUCCGUGAUAGCCAACCCCAACCACCAUUCCGAUGACCAGGAUCGGAGGCAACGGAACACUUGCCCCUUCUGCCAGUUGGUCUGUGCUAAGCCUAGCGUACUAGACAAACAUAUUCGCACCCAUACCAAUGAAAGACCAUUUCCUUGUAACCCUUGUGGGUUUGCGUUUAAGACGAGAAGUAACCUCUACAAGCAUUGUAAGUCUCGAACCCAUGCUUUGAAGGUUGAGGAAGGGAUCGAUAGUAGUAGCACUGAAAUUAUGGCAGAACUGGGUGAAAGUGAACGGGAAGAAAUGGACUCUCCCGAAGCGACUCAAACCAGCCUCCCUCCCCCGGGGCUCCUUCAAAACCCUCUGACUUUAGCUUACCAAUCGGGGGUACCGGUGUCGAUUUCUCAUAAAUCACUACAAGAAGCGACAACUUCUCAAUUGUUGAGUCAAAAUUCAGUGCUUUACCGUCAAGCUGAUAUACGGCCUUCCUUCACUUUAUCGGGUUCAGUUUCAAUACGUCCGGCAAAUGGCGUUCUGGAUUUUCCCCAACAACCAAGCGUGAUCUCAAGCCGUGAUGACGGGAUUCGUGAGGGCGAUCCUGGACUUCCCAACGCUCCCAUCUCGAUGAUAAGAGCCUCGUCAUCAGCCUCCUCUGGUCCUCAAGUAGCUUUGGCUCAGACGGUUCCUACUGAUUUGUCCGCCAAGAAGCCGGCUGCCAACGACAUCGUUAGGCAAAUAGACAAAGUGAUCAGUCAUAAUCAAGCUAUAGUGGAGACCAAUGAUCCUCUCUGGGCCAGACGAUAUUUUAGACACAACAGCAAAGAUGGCACAGGAAAUGAUAAGGUCCCCGCUCGAGGAGGCCGGAAGUAUAGCUUGACAACUAGCUCGAUCCAACCUACCACGAAUACGCUGACUUUGACACAACCUUCUAGCUUGGGAGGGAAGCCGGUAACUAUUACUCCACAAAGAGGUGCAUACCAGGCGCCAACCAUGUCCCAGGCAGUGUCGGCUCCACCUCUGGUUCACCCUCAAUAUCGACCCACCAAUCUGUUGGUGGGUAAUCAAGGCACCUCUCUUUCCACUUUGUCAUCAAACUCGAGCUCUCAGAUGGAUCUUGUUGCUCCUUCUAGUUCCUCGUCUCCCUCUGUGAUGUUAGUUCGUCAAGAUCCAUCUGGAGACCAUGCAAUACCACUCAAUUUGUCAGAAAACAGGAAGAGAUCUCUGAACGUCACUCCUGUACAUGUAACUGGGACGCAAAGCACGCCUCCCAGACCCGACGACAUGCUCAAAGCCCAAUCCGUGAGAGAGGUGUGGAUCCAAAGUUGUAAGAAGCAAGUGAAAUCAGGCAACAUGAUGCAAUUAGAAGGGUUGGCAAGCUCUUUGCAAGCUGGUAUUCCCGCUCAUCCGGAGAAUCCCGAAGGAAGCGUUAUUAAGGAACUCCUACUUCAAAGUCGAAUCAAUGGACUGAAUUCGUCGCAACAAUCACCUAUGCAAUCAGGAUCCUUGAACUUGUCGGCGCCUUUCAAAGAAACAAAAUCCCAAGUUACUCUAAUCACGGAGCUUAAAAACCCCAUUAGUGCAGUUUCAGUUCCGAAUUCAUCGAAUGAGUGGUCCAAAUCCACGCAAAUCAUUUAUACCAACAGCAUUCCGUCGAGUUCUGCGGCAUCAACCGGAAGUCGCCGCCAAUCAGAAAUCGUUGUGUGCAACAUGUGCUCUUUGGCCUUCAAGGCAACAGAUAUUGCGGUUCAUCAGCUUUAUCAUUGCACGAAAAGAAACACCCAACAACAGCAUUAUAACCAACAGCAACACCAUCAACAACAACAUAACCAGCAGCAGCAACAACAACAGCAACAGCAACAGCAACAACCACACAACCCACAACAACAUCAACAGCAAAUUUUAGAAGGCACUUCUCCAUCGAAGCGUCCACGCCUGGAUGUCAUGCCAUCAAAGAUGUACGGUGGGCAUAUGGUUGAGACUCCGGUCUCUAAUUCACCCGCAAUGCCAAACGGAUUGCUCCAGAUUGCUCAACGUGGCCUUCAGAGUGGUGGUGGCGUAAUUUCCGUGAAUAGUACUCCGCAGAGAACUCAAGAUUCCAUCACCAUUACUCCUCAGAAACUGAGUUUAGUUAUCGAUGCCAAUAACUUAUCGUCAGCCACGAGCAGCUUUUCAAUUCCUGGCGUUCCCACUCCAAGCUUUGCCGGGGUUUUGACCAGCAUGAAAUCUGCUCCCUUGUUUUCUCUCCCUGGGAAGAGAUCAUUGAAUCAGGUGGAAUUGACUAAAGCAUUCUCCAGGGUAUCCUCUUCUCUACCGUCAGCUUCUGCAAUGUCUUCCUUGUCGUUGGUAUCAUCCUCUCCUAUCCCAUCGCUAUCAAUAUCUGUUUCAAGCCCGGUGACUAGUUCCACUGGAUCUGCUCCAGUUCCAUUAGUCCUGGGCAUUCCCGGACCCUAUAGCCAGUCCUCCUCCUCCUCCUCCUCUUCAUCAUUAGUUGCAAUUUCGCCGUUAGCAAGUUCCACUUGUACAACCUCGGGUGGACUCAAUUUGAGUUCCAGUUACGGAAUGUCAAACAGCAAAACCAUUCCUCAAAUUAUUGUGUCAGUUGCCAAGUCGACACCAUUGCAGUUGUCAAGUGAAGGCAUAACACUGGAAUCCGUGGUCAAAACCGAGGAUGAAAAGUUUCUUCGACCUUCGUCCCUUUCUUUGGUGCCCGGAAGUUUCAAACCCAAAAAACACGUGAUGCUCUCGGCGGGAGCCACAUUGGUCAGUCCCGAGACGCCAAGGCCACGAAAAUCUUAUGUACUCACCUACCAGAAUGGAACAGCAUACACUCACCUUGGGAUGAAAUGCUCUACUAGGGUGUAUUUCUGUUCCAUGUCCCGCCCCCAACCCAUGUACGUGCCCCACAAACCGAGGUUGUCAAUGUACUCCAAUUGGAAAGUGGUUAGUCAAGAUUCCCAUCCGUCGGGACUCUCGGCCAAAGAGAGCCUUCAAAGCUACAAUUCUGGCUACAGAAAGAGUCGUUUUGGCUUGGUCUCUGUUGCCCACAGCACCGAGAAACAGACAAACGGACUUCCUGGCGGGAUAGACGAUGUUUCUAAAGGUGGAAGUGGAAACACGUCUGACUCCAUGAUUAUGGUCCAUUCGUCUCAAUGGAAAGUGAACAAAACACCGGACCAGAACCCAAGGGAAAAGGGACAGAAAUCGGGGGAUCAAACCGCUGAAUCAUCAAAGGAUUUGGUGAAAAAUUCCUCAGCAGAUGGAAACACACCAAAGGACGAGCAAGAUGACGAGGGAUCUAAUGCUGGCUCGAAUAAAAAGCCUCUUGAGGGUGGUUAUAAGACUUCUGAUGACGACUACACUUACGUUCGCGGACGAGGUCGUGGUCGAUACGUGUGUAACAGUUGCGGAAUCCGUUGCAAGAAACCAUCUAUGCUCAAGAAACAUAUUCGCACCCACACGAAUUUCAGGCCCUACACCUGCAAGCAUUGCAAUUUUGCUUUCAAAACGAAAGGCAAUCUCACGAAGCAUAUGAAGUCAAAAGCUCAUCACAAGAAAUGUGUCGAGCUUGGAAUCUCUCCAACAGCUGAAGAUUCCACUGGAAGCGAUACCCAGAGUGAAAGAGGCGAUAUUCGUAUGACUCCCGGAGACUCUGAUUCAGAGGAUGAUGACGACGAUGAUGAUGAAGAGGAUCAAUUCGAAGAUGCUGAUGAAGAUUCCUCAUCCACGAACGAAGCAAUGGAUUCGAAUGAGAAGGAGGCUGCUCAAAGUCUGCUUAGCCUGGGUCGAUCUCAAGCCCCAUGGGUGUCUAACCACCUCGGCUUGACUGGUUCGCGUCCCAAGCCAUCGACCUAUCCGUACUCGAGUUCACCCACGAAACCUACCGCCACAGUCACUUCAUCAGUAUCACCUCUAGGACAAGUAUCGGAGAACCUGCAAGUCACACAAAACACCAUGAAAGCAGGCGAGAUCCAAAAAGAUGAACCGAGUGGAAAUAGUUCGAUAUUAGGCACCCCACCAGUGACUACAGAUCGGUACUACUUCCAGUCAGCCUCCAAAGAAUCCUUAGUGGCCAGUUCCUCGUGUUCCAUUUGGAGUCUUGCCAAGCUAACCAACCAAACCACUACCUCUCCCUCCAGUCCAUUAACAUCGGCUCACCGAGUGGUGGUCCCCGUGGGCAAUGGAUUAGUGCCAUUGGUAUCAGUACCCUCUCCGCAAAUUCGAGAACGGGCUGUGGACAUUCUGAGCCCCGUCACUGAAUCUGCCACCAUCUUGUCAUAUUUAGAUAAAACAGUAACCUUAGCUGGAAAAACAGCUAAUCCGAACCUUGUAGAUGCGGGUUCCAGCGCAUCGUCGUCCCCGCCAACCGCUCAGCUACAAACUUAUCUACAAGAGAAAGCAACUUUAAGGGCCAAACUCCAGCAAAACGAGAUCAAGCUCCGGAAAGAAGAUUCUCCUGCCCAAGAGGUCAAAUCAGGAAUGGAUGUCCCCGCCCCAAAUGUGAUGGCACCAAGUGCUUCGGGUAGUGGAGGUCAGAGAUCUCCUGACAAGCAAGCGGCUACAAAACCACCAUCAAUGUCAAUUGCAUCUGGCUCUAUGGAAGAGGGGUCAUUUGCUCCGAGAAAUGUGACCAUGAAUGUUAAGGAUCUUCCGUCCAAGAUCACUCGUGGUCUGACACCUCUGCACAGUAACCAACCGAAUGUGAAUCCCAAAGAGAUCAACACCAUUACUCAGAUGAAGGCAGUGGCCAAUGCCAGUUACAAUCAAAGAAACGAGGCUAACCAAGCUGCGGCCGCUUUGCAAGCCAAGCAUGCGGUCGCAUCUGCUGAAAAAGCUAAAUCAGAGGGUCAUACAAUCACACCUUCUUCUUCAUCCUCUUCGUCCUCCUCGUCCUCUUCCAACGUUCCGGCAACCCAAACAUCCUCUGGCGCGGUGCUUCACAGCAAUCAAGACAUCAUGCAAACCAAUGCUGAUGGCAAGUCCGUCUGCGGAAUCUGCAAGAAGGUCUUCGCCAAGGCUUCUCAAUUGCGGCUUCACGUCAAUAUUCACUACAUGGAAAGGCCGUUUCGAUGCGAGGACUGUUCUGUGUCUUUUAGAACUAAAGGUCACUUGGUCAAGCAUGAGCGCAGUGCUGGACAUUUCAACAAAGUAAACAUCAAUCAAACCUUUGGUGCCCCAUCGACCUCCAAUCCUCGCCCAUUCAAAUGCGUGGAUUGCCUCGUCAAGUUUCGAAUUCAUGGUCACUUAGCCAAGCAUCUUCGAUCCAAAAUGCAUAUCAUGAAACUAGAAUGUUCUGGGAAGUUGCCUAUUGGGAUUUUUGCCGAAAUGGAACGCUUGGGCACAAACCUGAAUGAGAUUGACACCACAGAUUGCAAGAGUGCUUUGAACAGCCUCCAACAAAUGGCCGAACAACUCUACAAAGACGACCCAUCCAAGUUGGUUCAUCUACUGAGUGGCGGUGGAGGAGGUGGUAGCCAAUCUGAAUCCGCAGAUGAAGGCAAUUCCGAGGCUGAAACUUGCCAGCUCGAUAUCAAAGUGGAGCCCAUGGAUACUGUGGGCCCCAAUGAAGUACCUGGAACGUUGUCCAUGCCCAGAGAUCAAUUGUACGGCACUGCAGCCCCCACUGAUUUAACUAUUGAGAACUUGAAAAUCGAAAAUCGUCGCAGCUCAUUUUCCUCAAGCCAAGAGGAGCGUUCAACCGAUUCAGAAAACGAAUCCCACGCUUUGUCUGGGGUGCGUUGCCCCCAUUGCCCAACGUCUUUCAACGACAACAUUGCCAUGCAAGUUCACUUGUUCGUGAACCAUCAAAAUACCCGUGAUUCCUCUGCUGCAUCCCCGUCUGUGAACCACGCAAGCAUUCGAAAUGGUGAACGCACCGUAACCUUAUCCCGAGCCCCGAACACUCACUCUGAGGCUCCCGAAGCCUCUCCCUCGUCAUCCUCAAUGUCACCAAGGGCGGUCUCUAGUCGCGAAGGAUCGGUGGGAUCUUCCAACGCCACGGAGGAGGACACCUACCCAUGCGGUCUUUGCAAUGCCGUUCUCGCUAAUCGAAACGUGUACAAGCAGCAUUUAUUGUCCCAUGCCGCUCCCAGACCAUUUGUGUGCCAUCAUUGCGAUGCUGGUUUUACAACCAACCAUCAACUGGAGGCUCAUAUGAAACUUCAUUGAUUCCCUGAGGAACUGAAGAUCUGCAGCCACCGGUGAUAAACUUGUCAAGCCCGUUGCCGCAAAUUUAUUAGCUAAUUGAAUACCAUGCGAUCAAAUGUAAACCCUGCAAACUCUGAAACUGAUUGUCUAUCUCAACAAUUGACUGUGAUCGUCCUUAGAAACGAAAGGAGAACAAACAUUGCGAAAUGUAUAACUAAUAAUUUAAAUAAUAAUCAUGGAUGAUGACAUCCUGAAUUCGAUGAUACAAAUGUUUGAACUCAAUGCCACUGAUGAAGUGAUGAGGUAAAUGAUAAUCUUUAUUACAGAUCCAUGUUUCCGAUCCAUUAUAAAUUGAAUUCUUCACAAAUGUACUCAUCACCAUUCUUUGAACUAUGUCAAUCAAUCCAGGAAAAGAAACCCACAAAGAAAAAUACAGAAUCUUAUCGAGCGA